AUGAUGUUGCUGGUGCCCAAAGAACAGGUUUACCAGGUGCCAUUUUUUUUCUUCGUUGCAUGCUGCAAACAUUUGCGGAAUGCAUGCGCGCCUCGGAAGCGUUCGCACAAUGCCUUCUUCCUUUCGCCUACAGUCCGUUUUGUGUCGAGCAGUUUUCGUCUACUGUUACUUCUAUCCCGCGCUAGAGCCCCAUCUUCCUUUGUACGAGGACCCAUUCUUUCACGUUCGUUGUCUCAGUCCGUCCUCCCGUUGAUAACCAACUGUUUCACUGAUUACUUCUGUUCUCCCCUGGUGUCCGGGGAAAAAGCUCUCUUCACACCUGCGGAUCCCGUCAACAUGGUCGCGGCGUUGAAGGGUGUGCUUGUGAAGUGCGACCCGCCAACGAUGGAAGUUAUUCGGCUGCUCAAUGAGACACGGGACUUCAUCAUUGAGCAACUCAACGAGGAAUAUGUGCUGUGCAGGGAAUGCGUCUUCGAUUUUCUCGAGGAAGAAGUGACGAAACGCCUCGAACUAGCAGAGCGGCAAACAGCGGAGCAGCAGCGUGAGAUUCGACAAACCAGACAACAGUCACGGCAGCAGCACGAUCAAGAGGAAUGACUUUUUGCUUCUGUGUGUCCACGAGUUAACGUCUUCCGUGGUAGUUGCGGAACGGUGGCUGGGUCUUAGAUAGCAUUCUUCAGUCACCUCGAGAGGUCCACCCUUUUCGAGUGAAACUGUUCUUGAAAAGAGUGAAUUUCUCUCGUGGCCGCUGUAGGGCAGCUCAAAUCUGCUGCUGAUGAUUCCCUUGUCUGCUACUGGCAAAAGUAGCUGGAAAAUCGGGUCCCCAUUUGAUGAUGUUACGUUUCUAAACAUUCUAUAGCACGGAGAUUCUCCUCCGGUUCAUCUUUCGAACGAAGAGGGCUUGCAUGCAUGCGGAGUAGAAGCCACAAUGGUGAGUGCCUUUCGAAAUGGAAACAGCGGGCUGGCAUAUUUCACGGCCGAAGUCGAUAAUUUGUGACUGAUGCGGUUCUACAAUUUUUGUAACUGGACGUGAAAGGGGACAGUAAGGGUUUAUCAAGGCACACAAGCUCUUAGAAUGUUGAAUUUAUGCGUGUUCCAUUUGAAAUGGCGACCUGCAACUCUUGGAAUAAUCUGCUCCACUGCUGAGCAGAGGUCUGUAAAUUAAUUUUCUCUUGUACACGGCAACCUUUCGUCCCCGUUCAUCAGCCACAUAUCUCUCACACAAAGACGCAACGUUUUCUCCCGCUGUUGAGACACUCAGGAAGCUUACCAGUGUGUUUCACUGUCCA